UGGUUCAAGACCGAGGCAUUUUUUGAGGGCUACCCUCACACUCAAUUACCCCAUGUCAUGCUCUGGUACUACUACGUCCAGCUAGCAUUCUGGCUCCAGCAGAUCUUUGUCCUCCACAUCGAGGUCCCGCGAAAGGACUUUUGGGCAUUAAUGGCUCACCACACGGUCACUCUACUUCUGAUCAGCGGCAGUGCGUUAUCCAACUUCUGGAGGGCUGGUAACGCGGUCUUUGUAGUCAUGGACCUUGCGGAUAUCAUCCUUGCUUUCUCAAAGUCCAUCAAGUAUCUGGGAGUGUCCAGCAGGAUCUGCGACGGCUUCUUUGCAUGCUUCAUGAUCUCGUGGCUGUAUACCCGACAUUACCUCUAUGGAUAUAUUUUACACUCAUUCAUUUUCACGGCGUAUGAGAUGAUUCCAUUCGAGCUUGAUAUUGCGCAGGGAAAGUGGUACUGCAGGGAGUUGGCCUGGCUGCCGGUCCUUGGCCUGAGUCUACUACAGAUCCUCAUGGUGUACUGGUUCGCGUUGAUCCUACGGAUAUUGUUCAGGAUUCUCAAGGGCCACAAUGCUGAGGACGACCGCAGCGACGAGGAGCCGUAUGUGCACCGAUUGUCUCAAGUGUGCACACAUGUUUCAGAAAAUAAGGGCCCCUGCUAA